AUGGCCGAGAAACCCUCAGUCCUGAUCAUCGGGGGGCUGGGCUACAUUGGCCGCUUCCUGGCCCUCUACAUCCACGAGAACAACCUCGCAUCAGACGUCCGCGUCGUCGACAAGGCCCUGCCCCAACUGGCAUGGCUCGCCCCGGAGUUCCAAGACGCCUGCGCCGGCAGCAAGUUCAUGCAGGCAGAUGCAAGCAGAGAACAAGCCCUAGCAAAGAUAUUCGACCGGCCCGACGGCAAACAGUGGGACUACGUCUUCAAUUGCGGCGGUGAGACGAGAUAUUCUCAAGAGGAUGAGGUUUACAAGUUGCGAUCCCUUGGCCUGUCUGUUGCCCUCGGCAAGGAGGCCGCCAAGCGCAAGGUGAAGGCCUUCGUUGAGCUCAGCACCGGCAUGGUCUACAAGGCCGACUCCUCACCGAGCAAGGAGGGCGACAAGAUCAAGCCCUGGAGCAAGAUUGCUGUCUACAAGCUCCAGGCUGAGGAGGAACUGGCAAAGAUGGAAGGUCUGAACCUGAUUAUCGUUCGGUUAGCACACGUCUACGGUCCCUAUGCCUCGCAAUGGGUCGCUACAGCGCUGUGUAUGGCUCGUGUCUACCAGUACCUUGAGGACGAAAUGAAGUGGCUGUGGGACAAGGGCCUCCGUCAAAACACGGUGCACAUUUCGGACGCUGUGCGAGCGCUCUGGGACAUCACCACGUGGUACGACGCCGGAAAGAGCAAAUGGGACGACAAGUCUAUGGGCAAGGUGCCUACAUUUAACGUUGUCGAUAAGGGUGUGACCACGCAGGGUGUCAUGGCCGAGAUCAUUGGCGACGUCUUCAAGAUUCAGACGGGAUUCCAGGGGCAGCUGAUCAGCACCUUUGCACGCCUCAACAUGGACAACGUUGUCGACGACAUCAACGACGAUCUCAUGGGCCCGUGGGCCGAGCUGCUCGAGAAGGCGGGCAUUGCACGACCGGGACCCCUAACGCCAUUUAUGGAGAAGGAGCUUCUUAAGGACACGGAUCUAAGCAUGGACGGCAGCCGCCUGGAAAACGUCGUUGGUUUCAAGUACGAGAAGCCGAAACUUACCAAGGAGCUGAUCGAGGAGGUGAUUGAGAGCUACAAAAAGAUGAACUGGUGGCCGUAA